AUGGACGAAGCCGCCGAGGCCGGAAAGAGCAUUCGCAAAGCCCGACGGAGCUUCGCCAAUUACAAGACCAAGAUGACCUCCCUUCGUCGUCCUGAUGAAACCGUCGAAAAUGAAAAGAUGAUGAUGUUACUGCAUCUCGAAGGGCAAUCGAGAAGGUCAGCUACGACUUCUACCCGGAUCUCUUCGACAGCCACGUCUACCUGCCGAAGUAUUGAAGUAUCGCGAGAGUACAAAAUGCCGUUCUGUCUUACGUUCAUGCAUUUGAAGAAGGUCUUUGAUACCGUCGAGACAGAAGCGGUAAUUGAGGCCCUGGGCAACCACUGUAUUCCUACCCAAUAUAUUAGAAUGCUCCGUGAGCUCUACAACAACUUCAACCAGGAUCUCGCUCACCAUCAACGAUAG